UUUCUUUCUCCCUGCCCCUCCGUCUCGCUGUGUUUUGCCUCUUUGCGGCAGGGACAAACCGUCACCGCCGGGAGCUUCGUUUCUCAAGACAUCAACACUUUUUCUCCGUCAAUUCAUAACUAUACCUAACUUAAUAUUUCUUCCUUUUAUUCUGCUUUUCAUUCUCAACUCCAUCCCAGCUUGUUCCCGCCAUUCCUCACCGCCACCAGACGGUGCAUAUAAACGACAGUAUCAAUAACACUAUGGGAGUAAUAAAAGAUGGUAAAGUAUCGGGGACUAUACCUAACAAUGAAGCAUUCGCAGUUCACUAUCCUGGUUAUCCAUCUUCCAUGUCUCGCGCCAUCCAAACUCUUGGUGGCCAGGAAUCGAUUCUCAAGGCGCGUAGCUCGCAAUCCAAUAAAUUGGAGCUUUGUUUCCGGCCAGAGGAUCCUUACUCACAUCCUGCAUUAGGAGAGCUUCGUGCCUGUAAUAGUUUGUUGCUUAAGAUAUCUAAAAAGAAGAUAAGUUCUUCGCUUAAUUCGACUAAUGUUGUUAAUGAUAAACCGGAAACUGAAACACAUGUUCAAACAGAGCUUUGUGCUGACAUUGUUGCUAGAAUUCCAGAGGCUUAUCAUUUUGAGGGAAUGGUGGACUUCCAGCAUGUUGUUGCAGUUCAUGCAGAUGCUGCCCGAAGAAAAAAGAGUAAUUGGACAGAAAUGGAGGAGCCAAGCUUUGAAAAGGCUGGCCUUAUGGAUUUGGAUCAGGAGGAUGUGCUGAUUCUAGUUCCUCCACGUUUUACAACUAAGGAUAUGCCAGUGAAUUUAGCGUUGAAACCACCACCAAUUUCAAGUUCAAAAAAACAAGACGAAGCAGUAGAAAACCAUAUUGAGAUGAAUCUAGAGCCUGCUCUUGCUAUUGAUUUUAACAUUAAAGAGAUUCCUAAAGAAAUAAACUGGAAGGCUUUCAUUGGACAAGGCUCAGAGCUGUGGGUAUGGCAGAUGGCUGUAUCUGAGCUGUUUGAGGAGCGGCCUAUAUGGCCCAAAGGUGCACUGACUGAUCGCUUACUUGAUAAAAACCUGAAAUUUACCCAUCAGACGCUCAGAAGACUUCUGCUUGCAGUUGCCUACUACUUUUCAGGUGGACCAUUUCUCAGAUUCUGGAUCAGAAAAGGAUAUGAUCCCCGCAAGGAUCCUGAGUCUCGCAUAUAUCAGAGAAUCGACUUUCGAGUGCCACCUCCAUUAAGAAGUUAUUCUGAAGCUAAUAAUGGCUUGAAGCAUAAAUGGGAAGAUUUGUGCAAAUUUCAAGUUUUUCCUCACAAAUUCCAGACAUCUUUGCAGUUCUGCGAGCUUGAUGAUGAUUACAUUCAACAAGAGAUAAAAAAGCCUCCAAAGCAGACAACUUGCACUUAUGGUACAGGAUGGUUCUUGCAGCACGUGCAUGAUAGCUUGAGACUUCGUGUAAUGAUGAGAUUCCUAUCAGUAUACCCAAAAUCUGGUGCAGCAAAAUUGCUAAAAGCUGCUUCUGAAGAUUUUGAAAAGUCGAAGAGGGCAUGCAUUCAUAAAAAUAUCUUAAAACCUGAUCAACAGGAACAACGCCAAAUUAAUAAAGAAGUUGAUGAUGAAGCAAAUGAGAAGCAAAACAAUAUUGAUGAAGCUGAUGCAGAUGACAUGGAGGCUGAUGAUCCCGAAGAGGAAUUGGAUGCAUAUGAAGCAAUGGAUAUGGCUGAGGAGGAUGAUGAAACCUUUCUGCAAGCAAAUUCAUAUACGGAGAACAACUCAAAGAGCUAUUUGCAAGAGCUCUUUGAUAGCUUUCCACCAGCAGAUGCUGGUGCUGACAAAAUACAAGAUGCUGACAGUAGUGAUGAAGAGUAUCAAAUAUAUGAGCAAGAUGAUGAUUCUGAUUAUGCUGAUGAUUAUGAUGACUGACAUGCUCAGUUUGUCUUUCAUCUGUAUACAGGUCUGCCAAAUUCGACUGCAUUACAGCAAUGUUUCAACUGCUGUCUGAGUACUCUUGUACUCGACUUAUCCCCAGACAGCCAGCCAACACGAGACCACUGCAUUCUAAAACACUUGGCCACAAGGCAAAUUCUCCUGGACUUAAAAUAAUGAAUCAUGGCUUUUUUGAUACAAUAAUGAAUCAUGGGCUUUUUUGAUACCUGACAUUGGAAGCGACUAGUUGAUAGAAAUGAUGGUGUCCAAGACAUGAGAUAGCACCACCUGAGGUAUGGUCCGAGCAUUCUUUAUUUAUUUAUGUAUUUAUCAAGCCUAUAAGCAUAAAGAUCAAAAGAGAGUUUAUGUUUGCCAUCUCACCAAACAGAUGUGAAAAUAGGCACUUUUCAGACUAGAGGUUAGUGCGGCAAUGCCUACAUGUAUAUUUAUAGAACAGUGACUUUGUCAAGCAAAAUUAAUCCGGCUGUUUCUGUCUGAGAUUUGUUUUUAUCAAGUAAAUGCUAAAUUACGAACUCUCUUUCUUUA